GUUAAGAUUCGUGCGCGAACAUGUCGGGUUUGGUUACCCGAGCAACCGUUAAAAGUUGAAAUAAAUAGAAAAAAAUAAGAAAAGGAAAAUAUUUAGAAUUUCAAACAAGUGUUCGCAUUCGUUGCCAAGUGUUUUUAUAACCAAAUGCAGCAGUGGAAACUUAAAUGAAAAGUGUUUUUCGUGCGGCAAAGAAAGCUCCAAAAAUAUAUCUAUUAUAGUACUUAGCAUACAUACGGAGAGAAAUACUUAUAAACUGUGCAAAUUUUAUAAUAGAGUCACUGCAAAAUGGCCUGCUCCACGAAGGUGUUAAAAAUCUUUGCCCUAAUCUGGGAUAUAAUAUAUGUUCUCUUUGGCUUGAUUGUCGUUGCACUGGCCGUGCACGUUUUCUUCAGAUUCGAACACUUUGAUACGGCCGCCAUAAUCAUUCUCAGCUUUGGCAUUGUCGUCGUUCUGGUCUCGCUCUUUGGCACCCUUGGAGCCGUACGUGAGAGCAGCCGCAUGUCCAAAUCGUUUGUUGCCAUUCUUGUUGUUUUGAUUGUGCUGCAAGUGCUGACAGUGGGCUUCUUUUGGAUAUUCCAAACGUCGCUGCUCAUCAAUGUGGACAAGACAUUCGAUCAGCUGUGGAACGAUCAACCGGUGCCCGUCAAGCCUGGCAAUGCCAGUCAAAUUGCCAGCAUAGAACGUUGGCUCGAUUGUUGCGGCAAUGUCAGCUAUAAGGACUACUUGCUGCCCCCCAACAGCUGCUACAAUAGCGAAACGAACAAAAUGAACAUGGACGGCUGUCGUCAGAAGUUCCUGGACUACAUUGCCGAACGCUGGACAGCCUUCAAUAUAUUUGCAUUGGUUCUAGUUGGCGUUGAGAUCAUUUGCGCACUACUCGCCUAUGUGCUGGCCAAUAGCAUUGUGAAUCGCUGGAGACGCUCUAAAUAUUAUGCUAAAUAGGUUUCACAUACUCAACUCAGUACAUACGCACAUACUCAAGGCCAAAGAUUUCUCAAUACUGUGCAAAAAAAACUUACACACUGCGCUGCACGGUCUCGACUCUACACUAUACUACACAGCACUGCACUCAGCAAUCGAAUUUCCAGUCUAAAUAUUGCUAGUCUACCUCAUGUUCAUUCGCAAACAAAAGGAAAAAUGGAAAAAAUAAAUUUUGACAAAACA